AAACAGAGGCUCAAGGCACUUUUAUGCUGCAGUCCUGAUUGCAAAUUGCUCAACAGACGUCAGAAGUGUAGAGAUUUGAAUAUUUGUGUGUUGUAGGUUGAUGCUUUGAAAUUUUACUUGAGAAGUGUGUGCAAAAACUGAACUUGCUGAGUCUAAUGCAGAUAAGGGAGUGAAGUAGUGCGAAAUUGGGUUGAGUAAUUGGUACAUGAAGUGAAGGUGUGAAACUUGUGACAACCACAUCAACCACAUCCUAUAUUUAUCUUUUUUACAUUAACACUGUGAUCUAUCUGCUGGUACUGGAUAGUGAGAAGGGUGGAGACAGAAGAGGAGAAGGUAGAGAAAAGAGAAUAGGUAAAAGGAAAAGAGUGCCAUGAGAACAAUAUCAGUGGGGUCCAGGGACAGACAGGACCUCUGGAUCUUGGUUCUACUCCUCCUGACUGGUGUUUGGGGGGAUGAAGGUUGGGAAGUGAAAUAUCCAGCUUCAUUCUGUGGAAUCAAAGGAUCUACUGUUACCAUUCCCUGCCGUUACAAGUACCCUGAAAAAUAUCAUCCAGUUAGGGUUAUCUGGUGCAUAACCCAUACGAUAUGCCAGGGUACCACUCCAAAAUUUUACGACAGUAACUUCACCACUAAUCAUCCAGGUUUUAAAUAUAUUGGAGACAAAAAGAACAACUGUACUUUACAGAUUGAGAAUAUAAACACAACAGAUUCCAAAACAUAUAGGUUCAGAUUUGAAACAGAUCCAAAAAAUGCACACACAGGUCAAUCAGGAGUACACAUCGAAGUCAGAGAAAUUGACAACAACAUUACGUUGGAGGUGACAGCUAGUGAUGACAGAGCCUCUAAAGAGGGAGUUACACUGAGCUGCACAUCAUCUUCACCCUGCAUCUUCAACAACCCGAAGAUCACCUGGUACCAGAACAACACAAUUUUACAGGCGAGAGGUCCCACCCUGACCCUGAGUCGUGUUUCUCUGAGUGAUGCUGGGAACUACUCCUGUGGUAUAGAAAGUAGCCCUUUCUCUCGCUCUGAUGCAUACAGUCUCCAAGUGGAGGAUAUCCCAAAAACAUUGACUGCUCCAGUUAUGUUGGCAGUUCGUUUGACAGUGCUGGCCAUUGCUACGGCAGUUACAAUCAUCAUUGUGAGGAGGUUGAAAGCAAAAUACCCAAAUAAGGAGAACAGAGAUAGCGUUGACACACCGGUCUGUCUCACACCUGCAGAUCCCAUAUACAUCAACAUGAGGGAGACUAACCCAUCACCCAAAGGGGAGAGCAGACAGGAUGUAAACACAGUCAAAUGAAGAAAUAAGUGUGAGUGCCAUGUAGGCUGAGGCCUUACUGCAUUCUAACUGGACCUUCACUGGAUUCACUCGGUUCGAAUCAGGCUUUGGCCCUUUGCUGCAUGUCUUCCUCUCUCUCAAUGCCCUUUUUGUCACACUUCACUUUUAAACAAUAAAGCAUGGCAAAUGUCCCCCCCCCGAAAUAAUAUAUAUUUAUUUACUGUGAUCAAAGAUGGAUUACAUAACACUACAGUGCUAAAGAUCAUUGGACACUUUAUUCAUGCUAAAUGCACUAACCGCAAGUUCAAACGUUUUUCGCAAGUGCAAAGAAGAGAAGUUGGCUAAAUGUGUUAGGCGCUCGAUUUAGAACAACUUAGUGUUGCAACAUCUAGAUGAAGAAUACAUGUGAAAAAACGGACAUGAAACAGUUACUUAGUUGAUUGAGAGGAGUACGUUAUAAAUGUGUGCAACAUAUAUAUGUUUUUUUUUUGGUAAAUACUAAUAUAAUAGUACUGAAUAGUAUACCGCUAACAGGUUGUUUAACACUUUAAUACACAAUUGAAAACGUUCAUAUUCUAGUUUCCCUUUUUGUCAUAAUGUAAGGUGCUGUAUUGUGAAGUAACAAACUGUGUUUACAGUUUAUUCCACUAGGUGCCAGUAGACCAGGACAAUUUGAGAUGUGCCAAGACAUAGCUUACUCAGCCAAUCAUAGUCUUCCUACAUUUCAGCAGCUUGGAGUUACCCCUGGCCUUGUGACCAAUUCAUAAAAAACUCCUGACCACCAGAAGAUAUUCCAUUUAUAUCCCUGACGUAGCAAUAGCCUACCAUGACAUAUGACAAAUAUCAUUAUGCUGUAUAAUAAUGUAAGUAGUAAUGUAUAUUAAAGGCAGGGUAAUGUUGUUUUUGAGAAGCACGUUUUGACAUAUUUGUUGAAAUAAACUUCACAUCCUG